GUUUGUUAUCGACAUUCGAUUUAUCAUCUUAUUGUUAUCAGACAUUUAGACGGUUGACUGAUUGUCGACACGACACCGCAAAACGUGAGCACAACAUACGCCAAAGAACAUUCGUAACAAUAAUAUAAUCAUAUAAUAUAAAAAAAAGUUGUUGUUGGACACACAUGCGUAUUAAACACGUAUCUAUGCUUAAUGUCGAAGUAUAGUGCAUUAACGCAUAAACUAUAUAGCCUGGCCUCUCACGUCUGGGACACUGCAGUGUGCUGAUGGCUGUGUAUGCUUAAUCAUCUACCAGUUUACGCGUUACGAAUACUUAAAUUUUUUUUUUAAUCUUUUUAACCAAAUAAAAUCGAAAUGUCAAACAAUAAAGAGCCAACUGAUAAUCAGCUAGAAGAUUUUAAAAAAUCAGUUAAGAAUACUGGUGUCAUUAGAACUGGAAAUGGAGCUCCAGUAGAUGAUCAUAAUAAUACUAUUCAAGCUGGAGUAAAUGGGCCACUCGUGAUACAAGAUCAUAUUUUUUUGGACGAAAUUUCACAUUUUGACCGAGAACGUAUACCAGAACGAGUUGUACAUGCAAAAGGAGGAGGUGCAUUUGGGUACUUUGAAGUAACUCAUGAUAUUACAAAAUAUUGUAAAGCUGAUUUAUUUUCGAGUAUUGGAAAACAAACUCCUGUUGCUUUAAGAUUUUCAACUGUUGGUGGAGAGAGUGGAUCUGCUGAUACUGUUAGAGACCCAAGAGGUUUUGCUGUGAAAUUUUAUACUGAAAAUGGAGUUUGGGAUUUAGUUGGAAAUAAUACACCAGUAUUUUUUAUUAGAGAUCCUAUGUUAUUUCCAAGUUUUAUUCAUACACAAAAAAGAAAUCCAGUCACCCAUUUAAAGGAUGCAAAUAUGUUUUGGGACUUUUUGACUCUUCGUCCCGAGUCAUUUCACCAAGUGAUGAUAUUAUUUUCAGAUCGUGGAAUUCCUGAUGGAUAUCGUCAUAUGAAUGGUUAUGGAUCCCAUACUUUUAAAAUGGUUAAUUCAAAUAAUGAAGCUGUUUAUGUUAAAUUUCAUUUUAAAACUGACCAAGGAAUUAAAAAUUUAGAUACUAAAAGAGCACGUGAUCUUGCUGCUGAUGAUCCUGAUUAUUCGAAUCGUGAUCUUUUUAAUGCUAUUGCAAAUGGCAAUCAUCCUAGUUGGACUUUAUAUAUACAAGUUAUGACUUUUGAAGAAGCUGCUUCUAACAAAUUCAAUCCUUUUGAUAUUACAAAAGUUUGGUCGCAUGCUGACUUUCCACUAAUACCAGUUGGAAAAUUAGUGUUAAAUCGUAACCCCAGUAAUUAUUUUGCUGAUAUUGAACAAAUUGCUUUUAGUCCAGCUCAUAUGGUACCUGGUAUUGAGCCUAGUCCAGAUAAACUCCUUCAGGGACGCUUGUUUUCAUAUAGCGAUACACAUCGUCAUCGUUUGGGUGCAAAUUAUUUACAGUUGCCAGUUAAUUGUCCAUAUCGUUCAAAAGUUACUAAUUAUCAACGUGAUGGACCACAAGCUUAUGAUAAUCAAGGAUCUGCACCAAACUACUAUCCCAAUAGUUUUUCUGGUCCAGAACAGCAAUCUCAAUAUAAAAUGUCAACAUUCAGUGUUUCUGGUGAUGUUGCAAAAUACGAUUUAGGUAAUGAUGAUAAUUAUUCUCAGGCUGGCUUACUUUAUAGGAAAGUUUUACCUGAAGAUGAACAAAAUAGAUUGAUUGAAAACAUAGUUGACAACUUAAAACAUGCUGCUGAUUUUCUUCAAGAAAAAGCUGUUUAUCAUUUUACUCAAAUUGAUAGUGACUUAGGUAAAAAAUUGAGAGAAAAAUUAGAUCUGGCCAAGUGUUCAAAAGCAAAUCUGUAAUAAUUUUUUAAAUAAUAUAUCUACUUUUUUCACUGUUUUUUU